UAGUUUUCCUGGGACGCGAUAUAAAAUACUAGACUCAAUCGCUCUUCUUGCCAGUUGAUCGUACAGUUGAUAUCACAAGUCUGGCCGGUGAAAACAGCUUUAAACCGGUUAGUUAUUUCACGAGAUAGAAGGGCGCGUGUUGAGAAAAUGAGAAACUUCAGCACUCUUCCGUUGCACCGCUCUGCGCGCGCUGGAGAGAGAAAGAUGCAUCCGCGCGCUCCAAACGGCACCAGUUCUCCUCGCGACUGCAGGAUGUUAUCUACGUUAUGGACGAAUAUAAAGAAAACAGGGCGAUAAAAAGGCAGUCCGGUCUGUGGUCUCUCCACCUUCGAGGUGUGGUCUGUAUCCAGAAGCGUUUAAAACUUUGCGGCGCGCGUUGCUGAUCUCGAGAAGGUAUUCAGCAAAGAAUCACGUGAGACUGGCCUGGUUUACCAGGCACGAGCGGUUCAGCACACCGCGCUCUGCAAGCAAGAGCAACAUCCACCUGCCGCCCCUGUGUCAAGUCAGUGUAAGAUCAGUGCUGAGAAUGGGUGCUGUAAAGGGUGAGGGUGCAUUGGAUGGUGGAUGGGGAUGGAUGAUUGUGUUGGCCUCCUUCAUGGCCCAGUUCCUGUCGUUAGGAUCCCCCCAGUCUGUUGGGGUGUUGUACCCCGAGUGGCUCAGUGCCUUCCAGGAAGGAAAGGGCAUGACGGCUUGGGUCGGAUCCAUGGUGUCUGGUGUGGCACUCAUCACCAGCCCGGUGUGCAGUGCCUGUGUGGAUAAUUUCGGUGCACGGCCAGUUACUGUCUUCAGCGGUGUGAUGGUGGCCGGCGGUCUGAUGCUGAGCGCUUUUGCUCCGAGUGUCUCUUUUCUCAUCUUCUCCUACGGCAUUGUUGUCGGCAUGGGCUGCGGACUUGUCUAUGCUGCCACAUUGACCAUAACCUGCCAAUACUUUGACAAGAGGCGUGGCCUAGCACUGGGCAUUGUUACCACAGGUACAAGUGUGGGUGGGUUCACUUACGCCACACUCCAGAAUGAGCUCAUUGAGUUGUUUGGAUUGGAGGGCUGCCUGCUUAUCGUUGGAGCGCUGGCGCUCAACCUGAUGGCAUGUGCUGGGCCAAUGCGACCUAUGAACUUACCUGGUUACUACCUAAAGCAGAGAGCUGCUCUACAGCGUACAGAGGAACCAGAACCACUCUACACCAAACCAACUGCCAUUAUCAUUGACUCUGGCUCAGAUCUCAAAACCACACCCGGCUCGGCCAAUAACAUAGCCGCCAUUAAGCUGUUGAUCACCAAGGAAUCCACAGAGCUGCAAGAGAGUGAAGGGGAAAGAAAUGGCAGGAUAUUGUCCUGUUCAAUAGUAGCACGAGCCAUUAAGAAGUGUAUGCGUCCCUAUAGACGGUACAUGAGCGAGACUAUAGAGCUCCUACAGGACCGUGUCUUCAUGGCUUUCUGCAUUGCCAUUUUUUUGUUCAGCUUAGGGGCAUUCCCACCUGUUCUCUUCAUGGAGGACGUAGCCCAGAGCGAGGGGCUUAUCGAUGGGAUUGCACUAAUACCCCUCGUCUCAAUCGUUGCAAUGACAACUGGCAUUGGUAAGCUGGUCCUGGGUGUGCUGGCAGACAUGCGAUGGGUAAACAGCCUGUACCUGUAUGCCCUGACGCUGACAGGCACAGGUUUGACUCUGCUGCUCAUCCCAGUGUCUAAGAGCUACCUGGCUCUGCAAGUUUUGUCGGCCAUGGUUGGAUUUUUCUCAGGGAAUUGGUCUCUCACGUCCUACAUCACUACCAAGAUAGUGGGCAUGGAACGACUCAGUCAUGCUCACGGCAUUCUCAUGUGCUUCGGAGGGUUUGGAAUCACGCUUGGGCCACCUGUUGUAGGUUGGUUCUUCGACUGGACUCAGUCAUAUGACCUGGCGUUCUACAUCAGUGGCACUUGUGUUUUAGUGUCUGGUUUGUUUCUGUUCUUGGCCACCCUGACUUGCUGGAACAGGACGAUGGAGGAAGGAGAUUCUCCUCCAGAAGAAGACAUCAACACUUUGCAGCAAAAGCACACUCUUGAUUGUGACAAAGUAGCCUCUGUGGCAUGAAAAAUAUUUCCAAGGUCUAAAACUGAACUUGGCCUUAACAUUCUGUUGAACGUAGAAGCUUGUCUUCCUUUUCUUACAGUUUUCAUACCUGGUGAUUAGACUGACAUUUUGCCAGGUGACUUCUCAUGGUGCCAAACUUUUUCUUUGGUUCAAUAUGAUAUAUAUAUAUUUUUAUACAUUUCCCACAAACCCUGUCAUUUUUUGAGAGGGUGUAUUAUUUUUUCUUAGAUGCUUAUAAAGACGGCCUCAUUUUUGAGGCUUAUAUUGAUAUCAGAAAUUGUUUGCGAGUAGUAUAUUCAGUAGAUUGUUUACUGGACACAGAUGCUUUUUUGUAGACCUUGAUCACUUGAAUUGUUACUUUAUUCUCUGAGAUGAAUGGUCUUGCUGAGUUGUACAUGGAUAUCACCAACUGUUAAUAUAUACAAUAGUUUCCAUUAAUGAGAACAUUUCUGACUGAAGGCUGCAGAGAAUUAUAGGAUGUGUGAAUAGGGCUUUUUACUGCACCAUCCAGAUCCAAAGAUUUCUUUCAUUAUUUCUGGAGUGACAAGGACUUGAAACAAAGAGGAAAUGCACUUUAAUGCACUCUUUUAAAUAGUCAGUAACUGCACAUUAUUUUCCUACUUUUUUAUUUGCAACAGCCUUCCCGCACAUCAUCUCCUUUUAUUGUAUGUAAUACCAAAGUGACACAAUCAGUUUCACCUGGUAGAGAAAGGCUUUAUUUUGAAAUGUAUUUACUUCAGCCACAUUUGAUUUCAAGACAUACCUCAGCAUUUUCAGUAUCUCUAAUUGUUAUUAAUUUAGAAAUACAAGAAUAUGCUGAUGAAAAUGACAGAAAAAAACCCCAGAAAGACAGUGUUGGAUUCUGUGACUGCAAUGUACUAUUUAUGUGUGCACCUGGUAAUACAGAGUCAUCCUCCACAUUUGUUCAACAGGCUGGUACCUGGCAACACUAUGUCUUAUAUUACUGUAUAUUUGAAAUGCCAGUGUCAUUAUUUCAUAUGUCAGUAUAUGUUUUAGAACCAUUAUAUAUUAUGUAUAAAUAUUUGCAAAAUAAUGUUAAGAAAAGGCCACUACACAUUUGACCAAAGACUUGCUUUGAGUCUUGAGUGAACAUUUGACAAGGUGCAAAAUAAUUUAGAAAGUGUAACACUGCCCCCCCCCCCCCCCAUAUGAUGUGCCUGUCUUUUUCUUUUAUUUCAGUGUGUUUGUUUUGUACCAUACUGUUUGUUGAUUUUUAAGUGACAAUUAAAAGAUUUGAUUCAA